AUGGCAGAGCAGCCAGCACAGGCACAAUCGACGGAGAGAACACCAUGUGAGUACGAGCAGCUGGAUGAUAUCCCGCAGACGUCUAACAUUGUUGAACGGCUGUUCAGUUCGGGUCACAUGGUGCUAUGCUACGUGCGCAACAUGAUUUUCUCAUUCACGCAGGAGAUGAUCCUUUUCUUGAGGGUCAACGAUACGUUCUGGGUUGUGACCACAGUGGGUGCUUGCGCUUAG